AGGUUUUAAGAACCGGUUUUUCUGUGAAGGACUGUGAAAAUGACAAAUGUGUAUCCCCAAACUCAAAGUCCUCCUCCUCAACCUCAAGUUGUUGUGGUACAACAAGGAGGAGUUGCCCCACAAACAAACGCCGUCUUAGCCUGGAUAUCGUGUCUGUGCUUCUUCUGGCCGAUUGGACUGGUUGCUGUACUGAAAGCUAACGAGGCAGACAAGUGUAUUGGACGAGGAGAUUUCGAGGGAGGAAGAAGAAGUGGGGAGGCGGCUAAGAAAUGGGCUAUUGCCGCAAUCGUCACACCAAUAGUUCUCAUGGUUGUCGCGGGAAUCAUCUACUAUAUCGUCUUCGCUGUUUUAGCUUCCAAAGCUGUUGCCAGUGUUCAAACCUUUGAUUGGAAUUAAAGUAAAGUUCAUUAUUAAUUUAUAAGAUAAGUUUUAAAUAUUCGUCCAGUAUUUAAAAAAUAUUAAUAAUAGUGGUAAUGUUAA